AUGGCGGCGACGGUCGACCUCUGUGCGCUGACCAUGGCCGAGUACGAGAAGGACUUUAGCGACCCGAGCAACUACUUCCAUCCGUGUCCAGCGCUCACCGACAUCUACGCCUUCAAGGUCGAUCGCACCAAGCGCGACGGCUACUGCAGCAACACGUCCUGCUACGGCCUCUUCACGGUGCUGAACGCGUGGAUGGUCAACGCCGCCAAGGCGAGCACGCCCUACUCGUGCCUCUUUCUCGACACGAGCACAGAUUCCAAGGUGCCGAUAUCGACCAUGAACUGCACAAAUGCAUUCCCGACGCCGACGUUUACAACGCCGCCGUCGGCUGCCACCGCCGCCGUACCAGGCGUCACCAGUGCGUCCGCCUCGGCCACACCGCAAGUCAGCUUCCAAAACCAGACGACGACAGACGCAUCCAACAACAGCUUGUGGCUCGCGAUUGUCGGCUGCGCCGUCGCAGUGGCCCUCAUUGGCGCCUACGUCGUGUACCGUCUCCGCUUGCAACAACGACCGCAAGCCGCUGGCGACGCGUUUCAUCUGCUGGAGGCGACGCCGGCAAAGACGAGCUCCACCAAGGACACGCAUGCAUCGUCGCCAGAUGACGUGGAUGCUCUGGACGCGCUGCAGCUCUGGCGCCUCGAUACGCGCGAAGUGACGCUCGAGCGCAAGCUAGCCGAAGGUGCCUUUGGUGAAGUGUGGUAUGGCACGUACAUGGACGAGCCCGUCGCGAUCAAGACGCUUCUCAAGACGACCACUGCGACGGUCCACGCCUUCUUGGCCGAGAUCCAGCUCGUUGCCAAGAUGGACUGCGACCACAUUGUUCGCUUCAUUGGUGUCAGCUACAAGCGCCUCGCUGACAUCCAACUCAUUACUGAGUUUAUGGACCGCGGCGACCUCCGGACCGCGCUCAUGGCGACGGCGGUGGACGCGUACCCGUGGGUGGAGAAGCUCUCGGUCGCCGUGGCGAUUGCGGACGCACUCGUCUACCUGCACCUCCUCGACCCCAAGGUUGUCCACCGUGACCUCAAGUCCCGCAACAUUCUCUUGGACUCGGUCAAAGGUGCUAAGCUCACUGACUUUGGCAUCUCGCGCGAGCAAUGGGACGACGAGACGAUGACAACCGGCGUUGGCACGUACCGCUGGAUGGCGCCCGAGGUCCUCAUUGACGGCCACUACUCGACGGCCGCCGACAUGUACUCGUUCGGCGUCAUCUGCACCGAGCUCGACACACACGCGCUGCCGUACGCGGACAAGUGCACGCUGGCGGGCAACCCGCUCACGGAGAGUGUGAUCAUGGCCAAGGUCAUGGCCGGCGAGCUGCGGCCGUCCUUCCGCGACGCUUGUCCGAGCUGGUUUCGCGCACUCGGUGUCUCGUGCAUGGAUCCCGACCCAACGGUGCGGCCGACAGCGAUGGAGGUCGCAUAUGCCCUCCGCGUCGAACUGCGGCGGGCCGGCGACGACACACUGUAGACAGCAUCGUGUACCGUACUAUCAUUUAUGCAUUCUGCGUUCGCUCGGAUGGCUCUAUACCUUGCGCCUGGCGUCCUUCU